GUGGGUUUUGUGGCAGACACGAGGCAUGCCGCCCCCCGGCGUCGUUGCCAUGCGCCCGCUUUGGCAAUCCCCUUGUACUUCGCCCGAUCGGUGGUGAUGCGACGCGUCGGUGGCACCGCAUAAAUGGCUCGCGUGGCCUGCGGACGCUCCGUAACUCCUCGCCCCUGUUGACUCCUGCACCAGCUUAUUGUCUGCUUUUCCCGUGGCCCCAGCCAUGGACCCCUUCAGCGUGUACGCUCCCAUAACCGUUCUCGACACAAAUGGCUACAAGGUCGAUCCUGCCCAAUACCUCAUCGAACCUCCGAGCAAUGGUGGAUAUCCCGACUACGGGCGGGACUUUUUCAAUAGCCUGCUGACAGAGCGAUGGAUCCCGGCACAUGGGAGGCUUGUGCCCGCGGUACUGACCUCGAAGGACGGGAUUUAUGCAUUGCAACCUGCUGAUCCUAUUCCUAAUCCCUACAUCGACCCAAAGGAGGAUCCCCUGAAGCCGAUCGACGCAAAGCAGCUCCAGAUGAGCGAUUACGACAUACACUUCCAGGACUACGAAACCUUCGCGAGGGAUUAUGAGCCUCCGGUGGACUUGGGGCUGUGGGGUAACGUGGCCCGCGCCCAUGACAGGCGAAUGGGCUACAUCCUCAGGCCAGACGGCUUCCUGUGCCCAUGCCCAGCUUCCGGCCCGCUCCUGCGCUUUGAAAAGCCCGUCCGGUUCGACAGGAUCCGGCUCGGACACUGCAUCUCGUUGUAUGACGCCGACGACGACUGGUACGACGCAAACGCGAGAGACGCGGAUGCCAUCGACCCCCGGGGCACAAUGAUCCCCAGGGAGCUCGCAAGGCCGCUCAGACGAAGGCGGUGAAGAAGCUGACUGCUAGGGCGAUCAGCGCCGGGAACAGGGCGAAGGCAGAGGUGCUGGCCGCUGCGCUCGUCAAGCCACCUUCUGGUCGCGGACGCGCCGUCUCCCCAAAGAAGCCUGUCUCCGCGCGGUUGCCCACGAAGAGAGCCGCCUCUCCCCGCAAGCCUGCCUCCGGCGCAUCCCCAGGAAGCCGACGUCGUCCGCGAAGCC